GGUGGGAAGGGAAACUAGCCGCCAAAAAAGCCAAAUGUGCCGAUUUCUCUCAUACGUUUUCCCUCCUCGCCACCGAGCAAUAACCCGCCUCCACCUUCCUUAUUUCAUUUCUCCUCUGAAUUUUCAAAUACUCCCGCGGUUUUCUUCAGUCUUUAAUGACCCUCUCCCUCCCUUACCUUCUCAUGCUUUUCCCGCAUCUUGUUUCCACUCUGCAACUGCUCUUUCUACCUCGGGUUUCCUCUCCCAUUCUCCUCUCUUCUUUUCUCUCCGUCAAGGUCAUGGGGAGGCAAACCAAAACAAAGAAAUCAGAGAAUUUAGGAACGGGGAAGGUCACUCCUGUCCAAGUUGCUUUCAUCGUCGACCGCUACCUCUGCGACAACAACUAUGCCCAAACACGUUCCAUCUUUAGAACUGAAGCUUCGACCCUGAUUUCCAAAACUCAGGUUCGAGAGGCGCCGAAGAGUUUGUUGAGUCUAGGGGCGAUAUUGGAUGAAUACAUAUGUUUGAAAGAGCAGAAGAUGAUGGUGGAACAGGAGAGGUGCCGGUUGGAGCAGGAGAAGUUCCGGGUGGAGAAGCUCUUGCAAGGUAUGCAAGACGUGAUGCAGGCAUACAACUCCAGCGGAAGCAUUUCUCCGCCUCCUUCUGCUCCGGCCACAAAAUCAAUGGCCCUGAUUCCUCAAUCAGACCAAAGUACUACCCCUUCCCCAACAGGCUAUCCCAUGUACAGCACCCCCAUCACAAACUCGGCUCCCAGGCUAACCAAUGUGAUGACGGAGCCCACAAGUUUAUCAACACCAGUUACAAACUUUCCUCCUAGAAACAAAAGAAAGGGUUCGAGACUUGUUUCUGAUGUUCCUCCAACUGCAAAGAGAUCAUGCAGUCAAGUACCCAACAGGCUGUCACCAAUUGGAGGUACUAACAUUCCCCUGCUAGCAAAUAACACAGCUAGAACCCAAGGGCCCAUUAGUCGGACCAUGAAUCAGUCCUCACCCAAUAAUGUUCUUCAGAAUGGGUCUCCAGUACAGGGUUCCUCUGUUGCAAAAAGCUUGUUCAAGCACCCCUCUCCAAGUGCCCCAACAAAUUCACCUAGUCCCAAGACGCCUCCACAAGCACUAUUGUCUCAUAUUGAUAAAACUGUUUCUCCAUUGGAGAGUUCUUCCCUUCUUAAUUCUGCUGACAAUAGUUCUGCCCAGGAGGUCAUACCCACAAUAGUUUCACCUGAGAAAGUUAAUGGGAGUCCUUUCAAACAUGUAGCUUAUUAUUCAGUGGAGAGGAACCAUUACAUUUCCUCUUCUCCCGUCAAAACAAAUUUGAAGAGGCCGGGCAAGAGGGAUCAUGUAAAAGGGAGACUGGAUUUUGAUGGUUCUGAUGUGUCAAUGAGCUCUCAGGAACCAAUGGCUGCUGAGAUUUCUACCUCUGGAACCAAUGGGGGAACGGAUAUCUUUGACAUGGAUAUCCCUAAUUUUGAUAUUUUCGGUGCAGAUUUCUCCCUCUCGGAGCUGUUAGUUGAUAUUGAUCUUGAUUGUGAAGGAAAUGCUUUUCCUUGUCAGUCAACCUUGGAUGCUUCUAUUGACACCACUUCAGGGUCGCCAAGCGAGUCACAAGAUGGUGCUUUGGAGGCGGGUCAUGUAUUGUCUGAACUUUCGUCAACCGUGACAGAGGUUCUUUCUGAGAAAGACAUUAACAUACAAGGUCAAGAUUCUCUCACAUCAGUAAAAUCCAUAACAAAAUGCAUAAGAAUUCUAAGUCCAGUUAAAAGUAGAAGGAGCUCAUUGUCUAAUCAGGAGAAUCUAUUAAGUUGAAGUUGACUGGAUUAACAAUUUAGAUGACUCACUGCAAAGGGUGUUACUAUCUAUUUUCUAACCAAUAUGCUAGACCAUUCGUUAUUACUUCUUUCUAGCAGCAACCACGCUUUCAUUCUUUUUCACUCUUUUUUACUUUCCUGUCAAGAAUCCCACCUUUGAGUGGUAUGGAGCGUUUUCUUAAGGUCUCUGUACACAAACGCACUGUAAGCAUUCUAACAUGGUUACUUGCUGAAUAUAAUUUGUUUUUCUCCCUUUCUCUACCUGUA